AUGGGGCCUCCAGCGCAGCAAAACCCUAGGGGCCCACAGGGGCCCCCGCUGCUGCAGUCGCAGCAGCGGGCGCGGGAGCAGCUGCUGCGCAUUGCAGCAGCAGCAGCAGCAGCAGCAGCGCCGAGCUCCGCAGCAGCAGCAGCAGAAGCCCCAGCAGCAGCAGCAGCAGCAGCAGCAGCAGCAGCAGCUCCUCGUUUGCUGCGCUGCUGCGUCUGCGGGCCCCCCUCAGCAGCAGCAGACUAUUGCGUCUAUGAAGCUGUUGCAGCAUAUAACAGCAUCAGCAUUGACUAUUUGCUGCUGACCUUAGACAGGCCCCCGCUUGCUGCUGCUGCUGCUGCUGCUGCUGCUGCUGCAGCAGCACAGAGUGCCGCAGCAGCAACAGCUGCAGCAGCAGCAGCAGCAGCGGGAUCAGGAGCAGCAGCGGCAGCAGCACCCCGAGGAGGCUCAAGCUCUCAAUCUGCUGCUGCUCCUGCAGCAGCAGCAGCAGCAGCAGGCCCUGCACUGGGAGCAGCAGCAGCAGCAGCAGCAGAACUGAAGUGGCUGCUGCGCAGCAGCCCAUUUGUCACUCAUAUCUUUUGCCCUUCUUUGCAAGUUUUGGAAAGAAAUAAACAGGCGAAGCAAUUAUUAAAAUAUUUAAUUAACAGAGCAGCAGCAGCAGCACCUGCUGCUGCUGCAGCAGCAGCAGCAGCAGCAGCAGGCGCUCCUGGUGUUGCUGCUGCCAAGCGCAGAGCAGCAGCAGCAACAGCAGCAGCAGCAGCCCCGCCCCACCAGCGCCGCCGCGGACAGCAGCAGCAGCAGCAGCAGCAGCAGCAGGGGCUGGCUUUGGCGGGCGGCUGCGGCGCUGCUGCUGCUGCUGCUGCUGCUGCUGCUGCUGCUGCUCACACAGUGAUAUUCGAAGGCUUAGAGACCCUUCCUGCUGCUUCUCAGUUUUUUAUUUUUAAUUUAAUUAAAAAUAAAAACAUCAGCUUUAUUCUCAUCUGCAGCAAAGUCCAUUUGCUGCUGCGGCCCCUCAGAGACUGCUGCUGCUGCUGCAGAUUCCCCCGCCCUGCUGCUGCAGAACUCGCCGUCUACCUGCGCCACAAAGCAGCAGCAGCAGCAGCAGCAGCAGCAGCAGGAACAGCAGCAGCAGCAGCGGCACCGGCAGCAGCAGCAGCAACAGAAACACCAGCAGCAGAAACACCAGCAGCAGCAGCAACAGCAGCAACACCAGCAGCAGCGCCAGCAGCAGCAGCAGCAGCAGCAGCAGCAGCAGCAGUCCCGGGUUUGGAUUAUUUUGCUGCUGUUGCCCGCGCUGCUGGCUGCGAGCCAUUUGCUGCGCUGCUGCUGCUGGAGAAAACGCAGAAGAACAAUUUCGGGCCGCUGCAGCUGCUGCUGCCCCACAGCUACCAGCAGCAGCAGCAGCAGCAGCAGCAGCAGCAGCAGCAGCAAGGGAAGCAGGAGCAGCUGCAGCAGCAGGAGGAGGAGCAAGAGGACAUGCAGCAAGACGACCAGCAGCAGCAGCAGCAGCAGCAGCAGCAGCAGCAGCAGCAGCAGCAGCAGAACGAGCAGCAGCAAGAACAAGACCUGAAGCAGCAGCAGCAAAUCGAGAAGCAGCAGCAGCUGCAGGAAGAGGAACAGGAAAAUAUACAACAAGGCGAGCAGCAGCAGCAGCAGCAGCAGCAGCAGCAAGAGGACAAGCAGCCGCAGCAGCAGCAGCAGCAGCAACAGCAACAAGAACAAGAGAAGCCGCAGCAUGACGAGCAGCAGCUGCAGCAGCAGGACGAAGGGAAGCAGCAGAACGAAGAACAACAGCAGCAACAACAACAGGAGCAGCAGCAGCAGCAGCAGCAGCAAGACGAGCAGCAGCAGCAGCAGGAGCAGCAGGAGCUGCAGCAGGACGAGCAGCUGCAGCAGCUGCAGGAGCAGCAGCAAGACGAGCAGCAGGAGCAGCAGCAGCAGCAGCAGGACGAGAAGCAAGAAAGGCAGCAGAAGCAGCAGCUGCAGCAGGAGGAGCAGCAACAGCAGCAGCAGCAGCAGCAGAACCAACAAGGGAAGCAGAAAAACGAGCCGCAACAAGAGCAGCAGCAGCAGCAGCAGCACCGAGACAAGCAGCAGCAGCAGCAGCAGCAGCAGCAGCAGCAAGGCUUAAUGGGCUCCACUGGUUCCUCUGGCAAGACUGCUGCUGCUGCUGCUGCAGCAUCUGCUGCUGCUGCUGCUGCUGCAGCAUCUGCUGCUGCUGCUGCUGCUCCUGUCUCUUCUUGCUGCUCAGUUUUGCUGAGGCUGGAGAGGCUUUUGCAGCGAAAGAAAAAUGAUGCAAAAACGUAA